GCCACGGGAGGAAGGGUGUCAGAGACCCGGGGAGCGGCUCUGGGCUGCUCGGCAUUUCCCAGAGUUAGGGAGCUCUUUGAGGAGGAUGGCGCUGUCGCGGGGAGCCAGCGCCCCGGACCCCGACGAUGUCCGGCCUCUCAAGCCGUGUCUGCUGCGCCGCAACCACAGCCGCGAUCAGCACGGCGUGGCGGCCUCCUCCCUCGAGGAGCUGAGGAGCAAAGCUUGCGAAAUACUGGCCAUUGAUAAGUCCCUGACACCGGUCACCCUGGUCCUGGCAGAGGACGGUACAAUAGUGGACGACGAUGACUACUUCCUUUGUCUGCCUUCCAAUACCAAGUUUGUGGCGUUGGCUGGUAAUGAGAAGUGGACAUACAACAAUUCGGAUGGAGGAACAGCCUGGGUUUCCCAAGAGUCCUUCGACGCUGACGAAACAGACAGCGGGCCAGGGGUCAAGUGGAAGAACGUGGCCAGGCAGCUGAAAGAGGAUCUGUCCAGCAUCAUCCUGCUGUCAGAAGAGGACCUCCAAGUACUCAUCGACAUCCCAUGUUCAGAGCUGGCUCAGGAACUUUGCCAAAGCUGUGCCACUGUCCAAGGGCUCCAGAACACACUCCAGCAGGUGCUUGACCAGAGAGAGGAGGCCCGCCAGUCCAAGCAGCUCCUGGAACUCUAUCUCCGGGCCUUGGACAAGGAAGGCAACGUCCUGUCCAACCAGGAAGAGUCCAAAGCUGCCCUCGCCGAAGACUUGGACACGGUUGACACAGGCGUCAGCAAAGAGACGGUUUCUGGGAUGGCGCUUACAAGCCAGAUCCUUACUGCACUGAAGGAGAGGCCUGCUCCAGAGCUGAGUUUCUCUAGUCAGGAUCUGGAGCUGGUCUCCAGGGAGGACCCCCGAGCCCUGGCUGUCGCUUUGAGCUGGGACAUAAAGAAGGCAGAAGCAGUCCAGCAGGCCUGCACCACGGAGCUCGCCCUGCGCCUGCAGCAAAUGCAGAGCUUGCAUUCACUCAGGAGUCUUUCGGUGAGGAAGAAUCCACUGCCUGGGGAACAGCAGAGUCCCAAACGAGCCAGACAAGACCCCGAGUAGCUCCACCGGAAGCACGCUUUGCUGAGGAGAACGCUGGGUUUUGUUGUCAGUAAACAACUUCUCCUUCUCAUUUUACUGCCUACAUUCUGCUCUGCCUUCUGCCUUCCAGGAUGCUCUUCCAGCAGAGGUGGCUAUACCCCUCCAGAAAAGCUGGUUCAGUCUAUACACAUGCCCUCUACCUCCUUUUCAUGUACUCAGAGUCUCAUUUUUGUUUCUUGUAUGAGUGUUUGCCUGAAUGUAUGUCUGUGCACCACAUGUGUGCCUCGAGCCCACGAAGGCCAGAAGCGUGUGUCAGAUCCCCUGGAACUGGAGUUACAGACUCUGGGUGCUCUGGAAGAGCACCCACUGCUCUUAGCACUGAGCCAGCUCUCCAGCUCCCAGAGUAUACUUAUUGUAUAUUAGGCCUUAGGUUCCAAGUGGAAGUACUUGUCAAAGACUGUGAAAAUUUGUCAUACUUUGGACUCAAUGUCCUUAUUCUACAACUUGAACAGUAGAGUUUCAGAUGCAGAUAAUGGGAAAGAAAAGGCUAACAGCGGUGAUCGUGGCCAUGAGCUUACUUCCCGAGUUAAUGAAUGUGGUUGUUUAAAGGCAUAUACUGAAUUUGCAGACCCCAGGGACAUGGAGUCUCCUCCACCGUUUCUAACAUCUGACGCAGUGCUGUGAAGCUGUUGCCGCUAUGAAACUCUGUUCCAUUUUCUAAUCUGCUUUGCCAGCAUGGGGGAGCAAGUGUCAUUAAGUGAUUCUCAUGCUCUGUGGCUCCAGUUCUCUGUGCGGAGCAGAGCACUUCUGGCUUUUCUCUCCCAUAUCUGCUCAGACUUCUGCAACCUCUGCAAUCUACAGUGCUGUCUGCUUUCAGGGAAAGGACGCUCAGUUAUGGGUCGUUUGACUUAAUGUAUGCUGAGAAGAAAACAGUGCUGUUGAGAGAUGCAUGCCCAGUUCCUUUUCAUUGUGUGCGUAGGUUCUGGAUGUUGGGGAUUGAACUAGGGCCUCAUACACGCUGAGCACAUGCCCCCUAAUGAAGCACUCCCCAUUGGCCAGUUUAAACAAAGAAAUGCAGCAUUAAGUCUCGGGGUGGAGGUAGGGUGCAGAAAACAGAUAAAGAGAAUUGUUUCCUCGCCCAAAGCAGCUUUUACAUCUCGUAGUGCCUUCCACGUCAGUUCCUGUGUCAGGGCCACCAGUUCCUCUGCGCCUUUGUGAUGCUGCUCAGUCCUUAAAUAAAGCCACCGCUGGUGAUGCCUCUCAAUCCUUAAAUAAAGCCACCGCUGGUGAUGCCGCUUGGUCCCUACCAUUACUUGUUCAGGAACACUAAUCCCGUCUGAGUGUAAUAGUACACAAAUACAAAGGGAAAUGAAUACCUUCCAAUAAAAUAGUGAGUAUGCUGCUGUCUCUGUGUGACGAACACACAGCAAAGCUGUCAGGUCAUUGGAUUACCUUGGAUUUGACAGAAGCUGCAGGCUGGCAGAGUGAGCUGAUUGUCAGCUCUAACAGCAUGGCAGCAUUGUCCUGGCAGUGAGAUUUCCCCAAUGAAGUUCUGAACAGAGUAACCUCUGUCCCCGGAUUACAUGUUAAAUGUGUAUGUUCCUAGAAAUCCAAGUUACAUUAAAACUAAAACUACUAAAUAAUCCCAGCACCCAGGAGGACCUCUAUGAGUCUGAGGCCAGCCUGGUCUACAUAGUGAAUUACAGACCAGCCAAAGUUACAGAGUGAGACCCUGCCUCAAAAAAUAAGAGAAGAUUUAAAAAUAGAAGGUUUCAAGCUAAAAUAAUUUUGAACAGGAAUUUGCUUUGGGGUCCUGUUCACUUGUUCUCUGUGCAGUGAACACACGUGUCACACUCGUGUGGAGGUCAAAAGGCAAUUUGUGGGAAUUGUUUUUCUUUCCCUGCACCAUGUGGGCCCUGACGACAGAACUCAGUUCUUCAGACCUGGAGGGAAGCAUCCUUAGCUGCCGAGCCGUCCUGCCGGACACCAGACAGCGUUCCUCCAUCCAUACGGACAAUCAGCAUGAUGAGUCUUGCAAGAAGCCGGGCACUAUGCCAUGGUGCACCUGCCAACUACCUGCCAGAGAGGCUGAGGCAGGAGGAUCAUUUGAGGCCAGUCUGGGCAAAGUCAUAGGAAAGUAGUACUAUAGGACAUGGAACAAUACAUUUGUAAAGAUCUACUUAUUAAAAUCUUCCGAUUCA